CAGCUUCUUUCUGUGCACUGCCUAGAUGGCUGAUUCUGACCCUGGGGAAAGGAACUAUGACAACAUGCUGAAAAUGCUGUCAGACCUGAAUAAGGACUUGGAAAAGCUAUUGCAAGAGAUGGAGAAAAUCGCAGUGCAGGCAACCUGGAUGGCCUACGACAUGGUGGUGAUGCGCACCAACCCCUCACUGGCGGAGUCCAUGCGCCGGCUGGAGGACGCCUUCCUCAACUGCAAGGAGGAGAUGGAGAAGAACUGGCAAGAGCUGCUGAGAGAGACCAAGCACAAGCAGUAGCGCUGCCUGCACCCCAUGCCACCAUGCCACCCUCACCUGUGCAGAGAAGCCCCUGGGGACAGAGACAGCGACGUGAACCUGUAGCUGUACGCACAGUACUUGUUUCUCAAUAAACUUAUUUUCAAGUACAA